AUGUCGGAAACAAACAGCCCGCUAAUGCUGCACGCCCACGCAGUUCCCGUUAGAGGCACCGUGCCUCCUCUCUCGUGUUCCGCCGUGGGUGUCACUAGCUCUUUCCCUAGAGAUGAUGCAUUCCGAGCUGUAAAUGCCAGGGACGGGCAGAGAGCAACUGACACACCGCCCUGUGUCCAGAUUGAAGCGCUGUGGGUGCCCCUGGCUUCACUGGCUCCGUUUCCCCACCUGAGUGCAGCAGAGUUAGACCAGCCCUGUGCCUCUUUCACGUUAUCUGUCCAGAUUUUCAGACGAUGCUGGUUGGUUUUCAAGAAAGCGUCUAGUAAAGGACCCAGAAGGCUGGAGAAGUUUCCAGAUGAGAAGGCUGCGUAUUUCAGAAACUUCCAUAAGGUAACUGAACUGCACAACAUCAAGAACAUAACCAGGCUGCCUCGGGAGACGAAGAAGCACGCAGUGGCGAUUAUCUUCCAUGACGAGACGUCAAAGACAUUUGCCUGUGAGUCAGAGCUGGAGGCCGAGGAGUGGUGCAAACACCUGUGCGUGGAGUGUCUGGGGACGCGGCUGAACGACAUCAGCCUGGGGGAGCCCGACCUGCUGGCCGCGGGGGUGCAGCGCGAACAGAACGAACGAUUCAAUGUGUAUCUUAUGCCUACACCCAACCUGGACAUUUAUGGUGAAUGCACAAUGCAGAUCACCCAUGAGAACAUCUAUCUCUGGGAUAUACACAACGCCAAGGUCAAACUUGUGAUGUGGCCUCUCAGCUCGCUGAGGAGAUACGGGCGGGACUCCACGUGGUUCACCUUUGAGUCAGGCAGAAUGUGUGACACGGGAGAAGGACUGUUCACUUUUCAAACCAGGGAAGGAGAAAUGAUCUACCAGAAGGUACAUUCUGCGACACUGGCCAUAGCUGAGCAACACGAAAGAUUGAUGCUUGAGAUGGAGCAGAAGGCGCGGUUGCAGACGAGCUUGACGGAACCGAUGACGCUGUCCAAGUCCAUAUCACUCCCCCGUAGCGCCUAUUGGCAUCACAUCACCCGUCAGAGCAGCGUCGGGGAGAUCUACAAUUUGCAAGGUAACAUACUCAGCUGCAGUCAGACAGCUCUCUGUGACGAGUUCUUACAUCAGGAUGGGUGGCGACAUAUAAUACCAUUUAUCGAAGAGGACAAGUCCCACUCAGAGCAGCCGCUGAUGGGGCUGUGGCAAACGCUGCAUGCGUCUGUUGCAAGCAACAUGAAUGAGAAAAUGCUCCGGGCUCAGUCCCUGCAGGGAUGGCACCGUGCGGGCCCCUGGGGAGCGUCCCCCACUGUCUCCCCAGGAAUGACUGUGUCUGAGCCACAGGCCUCCCUCCUGUCAACCAGGCAGGUGCUCAGGUCUUCCAUGGUGCGGGAGGUGCUCUGCUUUGGAGUCUUGUCACUCACCCAGGCCCCCAGGAGGAGCUGUGCAGCCGGGGGCUGCCCCCUCACCGUGAGUUGGGACUCAGCGCCUCCUCGCUGGGGUCAUUUCUUCCACCAAAGUGAUGACGGAUGA